CUUUACCUCGAGUGCUUCUUCUUUCCCGUCACUGUCAUUCCUUUCAUCUUUACUCUGCACCAUCCUUUCUGCUUCUCUAGAAGAAUUCCUCGGUGACUCUGGAAGCGCGUUGAUCUCGUGACUCUUAUAGAUUCCACCUGUCCUCGUCCUCAUUUUCGUUUCGCACCGAUCGGUCUUUUCGUUCCCGGCCGGUUUCCGGAAAAGGCUCCUGCUCGUUAUUUCCGCAGGGUCCUUUGAUACCUAAUACUUCGCCUUUCCUAAUUCCUAAGCUUUACGAAUAUGAGCGCAAAGACGAGGAGACAAAAGGCCGCGCAGGCAGCGCAGUCCGACAGCGAUGUGCCGUCGCCCGCCAGCAAUGGGGCCGUGAAAACACCGAAGAGGAGCAAGAGCAAGUCUCCUUCUCCUCAACCGGAGGCGAGGGAGAAUGUUUUCCUUUUUGCUCCUAAUCUUAUUGGAUAUUCCCGAGUCGUCCUUACCAUCGCCUCCCUCUACUACAUGCCUCUUCAUCCGCGUACCUGCUCCAUUCUCUACAGUGUUUCAUGUCUGCUGGAUGCCUUGGAUGGAUACGCCGCGCGAUAUUUCAACCAGUCUACCACCUUUGGUGCCGUGCUUGAUAUGGUGACAGACCGUUGCACAACUGCUUGUUUGCUUGUUUUCUUGAGCUCUGCCUGGCCUCGGUGGGCCAUUGUUUUCCAGGGCUUGAUUUGCCUGGACAUGGCCAGCCAUUACAUGCACAUGUAUGCUACUCUGAGCCGGGGUGGUGCCAGCCAGAGCCACAAGAAGGUUGAUGCGACCAGAAGCUGGGUUCUGUACCAGUACUACCACAGCAAGACUGUGCUUUUCAUCUGCUGUGCCCUUAAUGAGGUCUUCUUCAUUGGUCUCUACCUGCUCUCUUUCUCCUCGCCUACUCUUUCUCCGUCUCUUCUGCAACCUACUGAGCAGCCCGCCUCCGCGCAGCCUGGAAACCCUGCUCACCCCGCCCCAAGCAGCCUUUUCGCUAGCCCAUGGAGUGCUGGUGCUCUGGAGAUGGCCAGAGCUAACAAGCUUGACAGCUUCUGGCCAUGGGCGAUUACUGCUGUCUCUGCUCCCGUCAUGGCCUUCAAGCAGUUCGUCAAUAUUGUGCAAUUGGUCAAUGCCAGCAAAUGGAUGGCAGAGGGUGACCUCGCAAGCCGGAGGGAGGCGCGGAACGGCAAGAAGCGGUAAACUGCUGGCUCUUAUCCAAUAUGAGCAGGCUGUCGACCAAGGAAGUUCUACUAAUAUCAUGUUUUCUUUGUCUUCUGACGCAUCCAUUGGUCUUGUCAUGAACAGGGUUCUCUCCAGCACUAUUUUUCGCCGGGUUAUCACUAUCAUUCGCAUUACUUAGCUUUCACUUUCUUUUUUUCUCUUAUUCCUUUAGUUUAUAUUUGCUCGUUUUUGCCUGUUUAUUCCCGGCUAUUCAUCCGUCAGGUCUGAAAUUUUUUUGGGAGGAAAUCGGUCUGUUAAGACAGAUCUUUGCAGCAUUUGAACGGCCCUUGCUCGUUUCUUAUUAUCUUUUAUUAUUCUUUCUUUCUACACCCCUUUCUUUUCUUUUCUUUUCUUUUUUUCUUUUUUUUUU